AUGAAGCUUGAGACCACCGCCACCGUUGCUCUCCUCCUCUUCCUCCUCCUGGCGCCGCCUUCCCUCCGUGUCUCCAUGGCUGGAUCAGCGUUCUGCGACGGCAAGUGCGGGGUGCGGUGCUCCAAGGCGAGCCGGCACGACGACUGCCUCAAGUACUGCGGGAUCUGCUGCGCCAGCUGCAACUGCGUGCCGUCCGGCACCGCGGGCCACAAGGACGAGUGCCCCUGCUACCGCGACAUGACCACCGGCCACGGCAACCGCACCAGGCCCAAGUGCCCAUGA